CACAGWUGCACAACGAUGAAGGGUUYCUUCGUUUAUCUGCUGAUUGCAGUUGUAGCUUGUACUGGUGCUACUGAGAAAGUUUGUUAUGGGAAAUAUGGCUGUUUCACUCAUGACUAUCCCUUCAACCGSCCACUAAUUCCCCUCCCACAGCAUCCUAACGAAAUUGGACUGACCUACCACGUGACCACAAGAAAGUACCCAUCUGGAGAAAAACUUAUAAAUGAUCAUGACGUCAGUCUUCUGAAGUCCUCUGGUUACGAUGGCUCGAAGCGGACGAUCAUUAUCGUGCACGGAUGGAUUGAAAACCAUGAAGCARGUUGGCAGACAGACUUGAAAAAAUCUCUGAUCCUCAAAGAAGAUGUUAAUGUUAUUGUUGCUGGUUGGAAAGAGGGAGCAGCCGAGUUUUAUACGAUAUCAGUAGCUAACACAAGACUGGUUGGCUCUAUGAUAACAGAACUCAUCAAGUUUUUGAACACGAACACACGAAAUACACCAGCUUCGUUUCAUGUAAUCGGCUUCAGUCUUGGCGGGCAGAUUGCUGGGUAUGUUGGACGACGCCUUCAAAACAUAAAACUUGGCCGAAUUACUGGUCUGGACCCAGCAGCACCUUACUACUAUAAUACACACACGGACGUGAGACUCGACCCUAGUGAUGCAGAUUUCGUUGAUGUCAUACAUACCAAUGCUCCUUUGAUUGGAACUCUUACGAAAAGUGGACAUCUCGAUUUCUGGCCUAAUGGUGGCAUGUUYCAACGUGGAUGUACAAUCACGAGUGCAAUUCCUGAGGGUAUCGCGGGUCUGGCAUGUCAUCACUUCCGAGCACCCAAUUAUUACGUCAACUCAGUUCUUUCUCAGAGAUCCUUUAAGUCUUAUCGCUGCUCCAGCUGGUCCCAGUUCACACGCGGUAGUUGUAUGUCGUGCAAAAACUGUCCAGAAAUGGGUCAUAAUGCUAUCAAACAUAAAGGAAYAGCUGAUGGGAACUUUUAUCUGUACACAAACAAAGAACGGCCUUUCGCUGUGCAUCGCUACGCGUUGAUAACGUUCAAAACGAGCAGCGGCUUUUUCGCCGACGGUUACAACCCAAGAGUCCGCAUCUAUGGCAGUAAAGGAGACACCGGGAAAAUCAAACUCGCAUUACGACACAUGAAAAAAGGCAGCAGUGAGACAUUCGUUGCACCAAUCAAAUCAGACUUGGGCAUGCUGCAAAGCAUUGAUGCAUGGCACUUCCCCCUGAACCCCUUGGAUGGAUGGAGACUGGAGAAAGUGACCGUCAAGUAUAUCGAUAGUAAUGAACUGUACACGGCAUGUUAUGGCACGUGGAUUCCUUUGUACUUACUUCCAAUCAACAAAAAACUCGCUAAAGGGAAUUCCUCCUGCUAGAUGCAUUGAUAACAACGAAAAGACAAUUAGUCGAUAAAUAUUAGCUAUUUAUUAACAGUAAAUAAAAUGUUUAGAAAUUCAUACGCGUAUUGAUKAAUUUAUAAUAAAUAUUAAAGAACUUACUUACAAAAUAUGUACAUUUUUCAAAAAAUAAAACACUUUUUGUAUCCAAAAAACUAUGGGAUACUAUGAAUAUUUGCCUAUAGUUUGGUAGCACGGUCUCAUG